AUGACAAGCGCAUCGGUGUUGGACAGUGCUGGGUAUCAAUUCACCCAAGCACCACUAUUCACAUUUCGCAAUAUCAUCACUGGUAUUCUCGUUUUCGUUUUACUUCAUGUUACGGGAAAAGUAGUUUACAAUCUCUAUCUGAGUCCUUUAGCUGGCUAUCCUGGACCAAAGCUCUGGGCUCUCUCUCGCCUGCUAUGGAAUUACUUCAAUAUGAAAGGGAGAAUCAGCUGGAAAAUACGUGAGCUCCAUGAUCAGUAUGGCCCCGUUGUACGAAUUGCUCCUGAUGAACUCUCGUAUACGACAUCGGGAGCGUGGAAAAAGAUAUACGGACAACGAAACCCAGAGUUUGUCAAAGCUCUAGAUGGCAGAGGCAUCGCUCCAGCGAGCAUUGGUGGCCAGCGUAGCUUGAUGACGGAGCAUCAAGAUAGACAUCUAAGGUUAAGAAGAGCCAUAGACCCUGCGUUUAGCCAAAGAGCACUACGCGAACAGGAAAACUACUUCCAAGACCACUCAGAUAAUCUUAUCGAAAAGCUGUAUCAACGAUGUAAGAAGGAACCACUCGACAUGACGACAUGGUACAACCUUGUGGCAUUCGAUAUCGUAUCGGAUCUGGCAUUUGGCGAACCGUCAGGAUGUGUCAACAAUCCCGACCAACCAUGGAUACAAGCAAUUCUGGCUCGUGCCAAAGCCAUUGUCUGGUUUCAGCUUGCCGUACAGUACGGUUUUAUGGACCUUCUGAACUGGUUGACGCCAAAAUAUGUUGUCGAAUCAAGAAAGAAGCACAUCGCAAUGACUGAGGCGAAAUUGAAAGCGCGGGUUGAAGCCAAGAAUCCUGGCAAGGAUUUCAUGUCUUACAUCCUCGAGAAUGACGAGAAGCUCAAUCACCUCGAGUUAGUGAUGCUUUCAUCCAACUUCAUCGUGGCCGGCAGUGGCACAUCUGCUGGUGGUAUGUCUGGCUUAACAUACCUGCUCCUGCGUAACCCAGAUAAACUUGAAAAACUCAAGCGAGAAAUUCGUGGCCAAUUCAAAAAGCGCAGUGAUAUGACGAUGCAGGCAGUCACUAGCUGCAAAUAUCUGCGCGCUUGUCUUAACGAGGGCAUGCGCCUCUACCCGCCUACUCCAGGGUCGCUGCCACGAUUUGUUCCUGGAAAAGGUGAGGUGAUAGAGGGGAAAUGGGUUCCAGGUGGCUAUGCUGUAGGUGUCAACCAGUUGGCGGCUGGGCACUCAGAGCACAACUUCAAACGUGCACGCGAGUUCCACCCAGAGCGAUGGCUCGAUGAGCCAGACUCAGAGUUUCAGAAUGACGACCGUUCUGCUGUUCAACCAUUCUCGUAUGGACAAAGGGCCUGCAUUGGACGAUCGGGCGGGACUUGUAUCUCUCUUCUGUUAUGCAUCAUCAAUGCCACUCUGAUCAAGCCACUACGAUAUUUCAUCAAAGCCCGCCGGCUCGGUUGUGGCCCGGUGCCUUUCGAGCUGACACGAUGGCCUCUUGGAAUUGAUUUAGUCCGCCGCGGUUUACAAGCUGAUAGAGAGCAAAGGAUACCUGACUUUGUGACUGCCCGCUUCGAAUCAAUGGGCCGUUAUACUUGGGGGAUGUCGCUGUUAGGCACAUCAAAUUUCAUUACUGCCGAGCCGCGCAAUGUACAAGCAAUACUCGCAACACAGUUUGGAGAUUUCAUCAUGGGCACGGCGAGAAGAACAAACCUGAAGACAGCACUUGGACGAAGCAUCUUUGCCGUAGACGGCAAGGCGUGGCAUCGAUCCCGCGAGGCUAUGCGACCUAUCUUCGCCAGAGAUAAUAUUUCCAGGCUUGAUUUACUCGAGGAGCAUGUCCAAACAAUGUUUCAGAUCAUUGAGUCGAAAAAACAAGGAUCUAUGGUUGACGACGAUGGCCGAGCAUGGUCUGCGCCUGUAAGCCUGGCUACCUUGUUGCCGCGUCUUACCAUGGACUCAGCAACAGAGCUGUUUCUUGGUCAUAGUACCCACUCUCUGAAAUUACUUCUCUCCAAUCAACACCGAGGAGACGGACAGAUUCAGCAUGAGGAAGACGACUUUGGUCAUGCUUUUGAGCGUAUGCUGAGCAUCUUGGGAACAAGAAUGCGGCUGCGAAGUCUCUAUUGGUUAUACGGAAACAAAGAGUUAAGCCAAUGCAUUCAGACACUCCACAAAUUUGUCGACAACGCCAUCGAUGCGGCUGAUCAGUCUCGAGAGCAACGAUCCUCCAAGCUCCGCUACGACUUCUUGGAGUCACUGCGUGCCUGCUGCUCUGACCGCGCCGAAGUACGUGAACAAGUCCUGGGGCUCUUAGCCGCUGGCAGGGAUACAACGGCAUCCCUUACCGCUUGGGUCUUCUACUGUCUCGUGCGAAAUCCACGGAUAUACGCAAAGCUACGCGAAACCAUUCUCGAGACUUUUGGUCCUUACUCAAGUACGGUAGGGCAAAGUAUAACAUUUGAGAAACUCAAAGGAUGUUCAUAUCUUCAAUACGUCUUGAACGAAACUUUACGCCUACACUCAGUUGUACCUUUCAACUCGCGUUGCGCCGUACGAGAUACGGUGCUUCCUACUGGCGGGGGUCAGGAUGGAAACAUGCCCAUCUUUGUGCCUAAAGGGACAGAGGUCAAUUUCAGCACACAUGUACUUCACCGACGGAAAGAUUUGUGGGGUGACGAUGCAGAUGAGUUCGUGCCUGAGCGGUGGGAAAAGAAGCGGCCUGGAAUGACUUGGCAUCCUGGAAGUCCUGUGGCUAGAGAUGCAGCGGUCAGCUGCAGGCUGAGGGUUGCCAUCGAAUAG